AUGCUCGACGAGCGCCACGACCCCCCUCAAAUCGACACCGCCUACGACGACAACACCUACAUCUGCGGCACCGUCAACGGCCACCGCGUCGUUAUAGCCACCCUGCCCAAGGGCCUGACCGGCAACGUCAACGCCGGUCGGCUGACCGGCUCGCUGUUCAAGAGCUUCCCGAACAUCAAGAUCGCCUUGCUCGUCGGCAUCGGCGGCGGCGUUCCUCGGCCCAGCCGUUCCAACGACCCGCUCGACGACGUCCACCUCGGAGACGUGGUCGUCGGAUGGGCCGGGGACGGGAAGCCGGCCGUCGUGUACCACGACCUGGGCCGCUCGAAGGUGGACGGCGAGUUUGAGAUGGUGGGCUCGAUAGACAAACCGGAGUGGGGGUUGGUUCAGGCGCUCGGCGUGCUGUCGCUAAAUCAAGAAAUGGAGGAAACAACAUUCCCCGACCAACUUGCAAGGUUGCGGGGAAAGGCUAAGUUCACGGCGCCCGAUCCGGAGACCAACCGGCUGUUUGAAGCCAGCUACCACCACGCUGGCGAGGAGAGGUCAGAUUGCGUGUCGUGCGACCCCGCCCAGCUUAUCCGGCGCCCGCCGCGCACCGUCGAUCAGAGGGCGACGCUUGUGUUCCACCAAGGCAGAAUCGCGACCGGCAACUCGGUCAUCCGGGACGGGGAGCUGCGAGACAGGAUAAGCGCGAGGUGCGGCGGGGUGCUCUGCGUCGAGAUGGAGGCGGCCGGCGUCGACGUCAACGGGCGGUGUCUCGUGAUCCGCGGGAUAUCCGACUACGCCGACUCCCACAAGAACGAUCUGUGGAAGCACCGCGCUGCCGGGAACGCGGCGGCUUUCGCGAGGGAGCUUUUGUGCACUAUGCAAGCCGGCGCGGUUAGGGACAUGGAGGGGACGGUUCAAGGCAAGUAG